GAGGCUUGGACCUGUGUCGAGAACACUCCUAUACCGCGCCUUCUCUGCCACGGCUAGUGCACGCGGACGCCUCCCUCAGCGCGUUACUGUUCCUGUGUGACAUGUAAAUGGUGUUAACGAGUGUUUAAUGAAGUGAGUGACGAUGCGGGUAGUGCCGGGUGGAGUGAGUGCGCGAGGCUUGGCGCGGGCCGGUGCUUUGAGCCCCAGUGGAGGCAGGUGGUGACCGCUCCGCUGCCUCCUGCAUCAUGGGUCUCACUGAGAGCAACCAGAGUAAGGCCGCCGCCGGCUGGGGACCCAGCAAGUCCCGCAGUACCCCACACUUUCCUGACGGUCGUUCCUAUCAGAACCGUCCCCGACAGGCGGCCACCUUACCGGCACGACCCACUCCAGACAGCAGCCAUCCCCCGCCCUAUAACCUCCCUCGCACUCCCAUACACGACCCGGGUGCCAUGGGCCACGACCCACGACCACCCGAAACAGUCUUAUGCCGUCGAAAUGGCUCCUCACUGGCAGAUCGAAGUCCUGGACAUCGAUCCAUGCCCCCACGUCGCUCUGCCUCGGCUGACAGCGUCAAGCGGAGGUCGGACCCGCUCCUAGACUCUGGAACCCUGAAACAGACGCCCCAGAUGAAGCCUCAUCAGUGUGAGAGCUUCACCGUGUUACCCUCGCACCGCCCACCCAUCUCUCCACCUUCAAGUCCUCGUCAGAACUGCCGACCGCGACCCACGGCAAUAUAUGUGGCAGACGACCAAGCUGCCCACUUGGUGAGGCACCGCGAAGGACGCCCAAGGGAGCGAGGGCAUAGUCGCGGGCCACACGCAGGCACCCGCGGGUUGCCUGGGGAAGAGGGCAGGGAGAGGGCGCGAAGUUCGUGUGAGCGGCGACAGCGAGGCGUCCACGUCUCCACCAUGACAUUGGCGCCAGUGUGUCCAGGAGAGCCUGGAGACGACCAGCCGCGACCCGCCCCACGCCACCACAGGAGGAAGAAGAAAGAGACUAAGAAGGCGCGAGAAAGAGUAGAGUACAGUGCGUCGGAGGGCUUGCAGGGUGACCCGUAUGUGUGCCUACACUACGGUGGCACUCUCCAUGGUGGCCAGAGGCAGCAGGUGCAACAGGUAACAGCCUGGCGCACCGACCAUGAAGAAGAAAACGUCAGCAGUCCCAACAAUCAGCUGUCACAGGUGGUUAUCCGCAUGAACCAGGUGUCUGCCACCACGCUUGACAACUAUGACGCCGUCAAUGCCAACGUGGAAUGUGUACAAGUGAGGAGGAAUGUUUGGUUUCAUGCCAACCGAACUACUGAUGUGGGCGGCGAGAGUGUGUCAAGAACCGCCGCUAAAGUCAGCAGUUCACCGGCCCUGAGUGACAACACUACGUUAGAUGGACAGAGUGAGACAGAAAUUAUAAGGUGGCCAGACGUCACCAGCAAAGUGUCGUCCAUUUACAUGAGGCCAGAGAUGCACAUCGCGGCAGUGUCGUGCAUCGAGGAGGGUCAGGAGGCUACCUCCGGCCGUGUCGACCCAGCAGGCAGCCACACAACUACUUCCUGCCGCACCUCAUCAGGUGCUUCAGAGCCCGCCCAUCUUGACUCAAGUGGCCGUGACCGCGAGAGUGUGAGGAUCAGGGCGUUGGAGAAGCAGGGCGCAGGUAACUCGGGUCACGGAACAGCGCGACAGUUUAGCAUAUAUGACGACAGAAGAAACUAUUCCAAAGCUCCAGGAAGAAGAAAGAACAAAUCUGUGUUGGUCUCAAUCGAUCUGCAGAAGAGUGAAGAGGAAAGGCUUGUAUCUGUUCCCUCCUGCAAUUCCACACACGUUGAACUUUCUUCUCGGUUUAAGGACGAACCACCUACAGACUGUGUCGUGGUCAAACAUUCACGGUCGCCCGAUGAGAGUCGAGAGCAGACUGACAAUUACGUAGAAUGUUCCAGUAACGUCCAAGAUGAUCCCUACGAUGGCGGCUCGCCCGCUGAGACGCUGAGUAAAUAUCUCCCUCCAAGCAAGAUCAAAAUUGAGCAUAAUUUAGUUGGCUCACAAAGGACAGAAGUUGUUGAUAACAAUGAUACUUUCCCAGAUAAUCUUCAGAGUAACGAUGCGGUUGAAAGGUUACCGGACAAUUUUUGGUGUCAAAAUAACAUUGACAACUUGCCAAACAAAUCCCUGCAUAACUUGGAACUAAAAAAUCACGAUGAGGAUUAUGUCAUGGAAGAAAAUAGGGAAAUAGAUAACUAUUACGUGUGUGGAGAUAAUGAGCAGGAGCCCGUUGAGUCAUGUACGGUAGCAAGAGGCAGGUCUGAGCCGGUAUCUCUCUCAAGAGGCAGGUCCGGUAGUGUGCGGGAAGAGUCGGUAUGCGAGGCGGCAGGAGAUAAUGUACCCGUGUUCUGUGAUAGUGUUGAUAAAGACGUUGGUGCGGAUAGUCACUGGUGCGGAAUAAACAGUUCAUUGUGUGCGUGGAGCGGGCCGGAAGAAGUUACGGGAUGUUCUCCGUCAGGAGUGAAGGACACUCCUGAAGGGGCUUCUGACACACGCGUCACACACGCUGGGAAUGCUGAUCAACACUUGCACAAGGACCAGUGUCCUCUACAGUGUAAUAUUUGCUCUACAGAGGACCAGUACGGAUGCGUGGAUCAAUCAGAAAGCAGAGCAUAUAUAGAAGCCCUCCAGGUGUUAAAAGAGAAGUACUGGGCGGAUACAGUGUCAGAAUUCCCAAGUGCGUUAUCCCGUAGCCAUCAGUGCCUCAAUAAGUCGACUUCGUUGCCACGAAAUCUCCAGUGCACCAACCCAAGUGCCACCCAUUCCAUCACAGCUGAAAAUAAGAUGAAAGGGUUUAGAAAUAGAUUUAGAAGUUUAGAUGUUAGUAAUUUUUCAGUGUUGCGACUUCCGCUCGGAAACCAGCCUCGACUCGUUGACGUCCUUAGGGGAACUUCGACCCAGGGCGAGUUGUCUCCCGACCCGCCCCAGGGGACGAUCCCGGGACACGAGUGUCACGUGUACAACACUGGCAAAGUUCACAAGCUGCAUUCUGGUGACGAGUGUGUGAGUGACGCUGACUCGUCGUGUGAUGGCGUUACAUUAGUGUCUUAUUCUCAGUGCUGGCCUUCCCCACCGCUCCUGGCCAGGGAAACACGCGGCAACGGUUGUGACACCUUAGUGGGUGGAGAGAGUGACGCCGCCGCUGAUGGUGAGGGAGUGGGCAGUCCGGUGUGUGAUGACCCUGGGGCGGAGGGCGAGCCUCACCUCUUCCUGGAGGACAGUGACGUGGCCACCAUAAAGAAAAGUGAUGCAAGAGAGUUGCAGGUGGGGCGUGAGGAGGAGGAGGAGCGGCGCUGGCCAGGUAAUGACCCUAAUGGUCACUCCUGGAAGCCAGCACAGACGAGGCGACGCGGGAACACCAUAGGUGGUGGUUCUCACACCUGGCACUCACUGUCUGAGAAUGCCACCCACACCUGGCACCCGGGCACGGGAGGUCAGGGUGUUAGGCCAUGCUCCAUCAAGGAACAACACGUGUCCUUGCCACAAGUUCCUACAGCAUUGCCUAACAUCACCACAGACUUCCCCAUUACCGAGGAGGUGGAUUUCUUGGACAUGUCUCACCCACCUGGCCGGCAUGCCCACAAGAAGUGGAAUCGGCCGAGCGUCCACUCCAUAGCCUGGGACACGCCUUGGCCCGCUGCUCCAGAUUGCAGCUACACGUGCCACGAGCAAUGCCAGGACCUGGUGACCUUGGACUGCAAGGCAGAGCUGACCCCAGACUCUCAGACCAACCAAGAUGACAUCUGUAUAGAGAAUACUGAGGACCCAGACCUCCAUGUUUCUGACACUCAAGGAGAAGAGGAGGACGAGGAGGAAGAGGAAGAGGUGGAGGUGGAUGAAGACAUGGAGGAAGAGUUAGAAGAUUGCCAAGAAGAACAAGAAGAAAAACAUGAAGAGGAACAACAAGAAAAGGAAAUGAAGGAUGAGCUAUUUAAGAAAUGUGAGGAAGUCUCCACAUUGAGGAAGACGGUUAACAGGUUACAAAGUCACUUGGUAGAUAAUGAAACACUGGAAGCGUGGGUGGAGAGAUACAAUGCCACAGCUCAGGGGUUGCAGAUAGCAAAGGAAGAUGAUGGCAGUUUCCGGGGUUGUAUCCGUGUUCAUCUUAACCUUAGCCGUCCUAUCAAUAUUGUGGCAGGAACAAGACCCCCUUCUAUUUAUGAUAUCCUACAGGAAGACAGAACAAUGGAAAAAACAUUAACAUCAUUCUAUAUGCCCCGAGAUGCAGUGAAAGCUAUUCACAUCACAAGCAAUACAACUACAAGGGAGGUCAUCAUUGCAUUACUAAGAAAGUUCAAAGUUGUUGACAACCCACAAAAGUUUGCUCUUUAUGAGAGAACAUAUGAUACAGCACAGUCUGUUAAAGCAAAGCUACGACGAUUGGGCGACUUGGAAUGCCCUCUAGUUUUGGCUUUAAAUUGGAGUGCAGGUGGGCUCACCAACAAAAGGCUAGUUUUACAAGAAAAUGAUACUGCUGAUAUACAGUGGGAAGCUUUCAGCUUACCUGAACUAAGUAAUUUUCUUCGUAUCUUAGACAGAGAAGAGGAGGAAUAUCGAUGUCAAAUUCAAGACAAGUAUUCUUUACUGCGUCGUCGAAUUGGUAACAUUUUGCUUCAAAACCAACAAGUUAAAGAUUAAACAUUUAAAAUGUAACAUUAAUUUUGUGUGAAAAUUAAUAAGUUUCAGAUAAAAAUAAUUUCAUUAUGCAUAAUCUUUUACAUGAAAGUUUAAUUAUCUCUAAAUUGUUUUAGCAAACAUAUUUUUUAAGUACUAUUUUCAUGACUUGGCCAUAUCACUCCACCUUUUCCUUUCUAGAUCUCUUUAACAUACAGUAUUACAUUUAUUUAAUUUUAAAAAUGUGACAAGAGCUUCUAAUCAGUUUUUCCCCACCUCAUAUAAUACUCGAAUAUUGUUUUGAUUUACGGGUCUAAAACUACAGAUCAAACCCAACACGAUUAACUCGUAACAAAGUGAAUGUAGUGACUGUUCAAUAAGUUAAGAAAUAUUAGAGGAAAUAAUUGAUUCCCAAGAAGCAGUGUUUGGCUUACAGGUGAGACCAUUUAUGACAAACUAUUCCAUAAACUCUUGAGGGUAAGUCUGAAGUUUUUAUCAGUAACUUUCAUCUUGUUAAUAAGCUGGACAGAAUAUUUUUUCCCUAACUUGAAAGCUUUUAGUAAGCAUCAUUUUUAAUAAGAUUUACUGUUAUACUUAAUGUGGGUGUGAUGAAAACCCCCUAAGCAACCAGGGAAAAAAAUAUCUAACUUAACAAUGUUUUAACACCAUAGUGGCAGUAACCUCCCCAUUGGAUAACAUUAUGUACAAGAUAAUGUACAAUUUUCAACUCGCUUCUUGUGAUCUUCAAAUUUUAUACUAAAGUGAUAUACGAACGUCAUGUACAUUAUUCUUAACUAACAAUAUAUUGCAUUGUAGGUACAGUAUACCUGCUGUAUAGGUACACUGUACUGCACUCUAUAAAUUAACAUUUCACAGAGUCAGAAAAUAUAAAGUGAUAGAAAGUUACAAAUCUAGUUUAUGAAUAAAGGUACAGUAUGUAUUUAGCUCCUUGUACAACAAGGUAAUACAAAAAAGCAUGUAAUGUAAUGAGAAGUAAUAAUAAAUACCUGUCGUUUUA